CAGCCAUUUUGCACCGUCCCUCUUCCACCCAGAAAGUAGGUUGUCGUGGGAAGACGUAAUCAGAGAAAACUACUAACUCACAAAUCCCACCACACAAUCAUUCCCCCGUGUCAGCACAAUAUACCUACUCAGUUUCCUCCGUUUGAAAAAGGAGGCAUCGAGGGUUAACGGGAGCAACGUUUUAGAAAAGCAAGGCCACAGAGAGGCAUUUGACAAAGGCACUGGAUGGAUAGUAUCGAAGCUGAAGCCCUGUACCUGACCACAGCGCAGCACGGGCAACCUCAAUGCGAGCUUUCCCUUCCUGCUGUGGAAGUACCUGCCCUUGGCGGAAGCAAGAAGAUGAAUGGGUCUCUGGACCACCCAGACCAGCCCGACAUUGAUUCUAUAAAGAUGUUUGUGGGUCAGAUCCCCCGGACGUGGUCAGAGGAUCAGCUGCGCGAGCUGUUUGAGCCCUAUGGUGCAGUUUAUGAAAUCAAUGUUCUUCGUGACAGGAGUCAGAACCCCCCGCAGAGUAAAGGUUGUUGUUUUGUCACGUAUUACACCCGUAAGUCUGCAUUAGAAGCACAAAAUGCCCUUCACAACAUGAAGAUUCUUCCAGGGAUGCAUCAUCCCAUACAAAUGAAACCUGCAGACAGUGAGAAAAACAAUGCGGUAGAAGAUCGAAAGCUGUUUGUUGGAAUGAUUUCAAAGAAGUGCAAUGAGAACGACAUCAGACUCAUGUUUUCUCCAUAUGGUCAAAUCGAGGAGUGUCGCAUAUUGAGAGGUCCUGACGGACUAAGCCGUGGCUGUGCCUUCGUCACAUUCACAGCGAGACAGAUGGCCCAGUCUGCCAUCAAAUCCAUGCACCAGUCACAGACUAUGGAGGGCUGUUCUUCUCCCAUCGUGGUGAAGUUUGCAGACACACAAAAGGAUAAAGAACAGAAACGCAUCGCCCAGCAGCUGCAGCAACAGAUGCAACAGCUCAAUGCUGCCUCCAUGUGGGGAAACCUUACAGGGCUGAACUCACUGGGCCCACAGUACCUUGCACUUUAUUUGCAGCUUCUACAGCAGUCUGCUUCCUCUGGAAAUGCGCUCAACAAUCUCCAUCCAAUGUCAGGUCUGAAUGCCAUGCAGAAUCUGGCUGCAUUAGCAGCAGCAGCGAGUGCUACACAGGCCACACCUACAGGUAGCAGUGCGCUGACCACCUCCAGCUCCCCUCUCAGCGUCCUCACCAGCUCAGGUACGCCCUCCGGACAGCCUGCUCAAUCUGCCUGGGACGCCUACAAGGCAGGUUCCUCUCCCACCUCCAGUACUAGUUCUUCUGUGAACCCCAUGGCAUCUUUAGGUGCUCUUCAGUCUCUUGCUGCGGGCGCUGGAGCAGGUCUCAACAUGAGUUCCCUAGCAAGUAUGGCUGCUCUAAAUGGUGGUCUGGGCAGCGGAGGUCUCUCCAACGGCUCAGGAAGCACUAUGGAGGCUCUGACUCAGGCGGCCUAUUCUGGGAUCCAGCAGUAUGCAGCUGCCGCUCUGCCAAGCCUCUACAGUCAGAGUUUACUUUCCCAGCAGAACGUUAGCGCUGCUGGCAGCCAAAAAGAAGGCCCUGAAGGAGCAAACCUGUUCAUCUACCAUCUGCCACAGGAGUUUGGUGAUCAGGACUUGUUGCAGAUGUUUAUGCCUUUCGGCAACGUCAUCUCUGCCAAGGUCUUUAUUGACAAACAGACCAACCUUAGCAAGUGUUUUGGCUUUGUAAGUUACGACAAUCCAGUUUCGUCCCAGGCAGCCAUUCAGUCAAUGAACGGUUUUCAGAUUGGAAUGAAGCGGCUGAAGGUGCAACUUAAACGAUCUAAAAAUGACAGCAAGCCAUACUGAGUGAUUUUGCUCUCAAAUGGACUUGGUUUGAAAAUGUUUUUCUGAUAUCUUCGUGCCCGUUUGUCAUCGUUUGCCUAGCAUGUCGAUGUGACGUCAAAAGUUCAUCGUCCAGUCCGUUGUCCUCUUCGCUUCUCUGACGCUUGAAAUUUCACACUUGACCUUUUUUGUUAACUUUUGACGCUUGUUGAUUACUUUUUUGUUCGUUUCUUUGUGUGAUGUUCAUUUCUGUCAUUUGUGCUGCCAAUAGGGGGCGUUAGAAAGACUGCUGGAAGUGUAAAAAGUUUCUCGAAAAUUGUUUCCGAGGGAGCAAAGAGUCUAUUUUUCUAGAACGUUCAAACAUAACCACUAGGUUUCAGCCGAAGCUUUUAAUUUUUCCGAUUAUUCUUAUUGUUUUCUUUCUCUUUAUGGGAGUUUUAUUGUUUUCAAGCAGUCUUUCUAGCGCUUCUAAUUGUACUCCUUUUUUGAGUUGUUUUUUUGUCUCCUCAAAGCAGCCAUUCAGUUUGUAGAGUCACUUGUGUGUGUGUUCCAGCGUGGGUGUGUUUCCCUCUUUCUCUCACUGUUAGUUCUAAACCUUUUAGAGGAUGUGUUCGCCACAUUUUGCUGAAAUCGAGGAUAAACUUUGUAAUUUGUGUUAGGAUAGUUGGCAUGAUGUAAUUUUUGGGAGUUUCUAUUAACAGAGUGACAUUACAAUAGACACUUGAAUUGCCUUUUUUUUCUUUAUGUGUGUGUGUGUGUGUCGAGCCAACACGGGCACAUGUUUUUCAUUUUCCUUAUUGUGUGAAAAUCAGGAUUAGUCUGAAAUAAUGCAUAGAAUGAGCAGAGUUGAAUUUCUUGUCACAGGUAAAUAUUAAGCAUGCAUGUUCUUUUUGUUUUUGUAAGUGCACUGAAAUCCUCAGCAAAAUGUGAUCUAGUUCUGUUUCAAAAAGUCAAGAUGAAUAAAGUGGUGCCAAAAGUUUUGCAUGUCGCUGUUGGUUACAUUUGCAAUACGUUUCACGGCUUCUGCUAUUAUGGUCUCAUUUCGAUGGAUUAAGAUUUAAGAACAUUACAAUGUGCUUAGGCUAUGAGUUUUAACCAUGUAUUCUUGUGAGUCCUUAGAUAUAAAUUGUGCCUACAACAGCAAAACAUAUGCUCUUCUUAAGAUGUUGUUCAGUUAACGAUGCUUUGUUAUAACCACACAGUUGGUCUGUUUUACACUCGGCUUGCAAGCUUUUGUUUCCCCCCCACCUCUUCUUUUUCUCUGUACAAGUUGUGGACUGAAUGACAGAGCUCACCUUAACUUUUAAUUUGAGGGGCGACCCUCUAAUGUCCAACAUGAAUGAAGAGCUACAUGUGGGAGUUUUCUUGUUUUUAAAAGAUGUAUUCUGACAGACUAAUCCAAUCGGGGGUCAAGGUGGUUGUUUUCGAUUUAGAUUUUAAGCUGCUGUUUUGUGAGUUUAAAUGUACUCUGAGAUGAAACCAUUUCCUGUGGGAUGUUUGUCAUUACUGGUACAGAGUGAUUGUAUUUAACAUUUAAGAUUUGUACAGAGUUUGCCUUUUCUACUUCAUAAGUUGUUUCACAAUGUAGAAGCAUGUAGAUCGUAACGCCAUGACCAAACGUCAACCUGUACAACUAAAACACAAAGGAAAAAUAGUCUACUCCACAAAGCAGCCUUUAACUGAAUUGAGAUGUUUUUUUUUUUUUAAGUUGUUUUUGUCAUUUAAGUUGUGUGGUUUUCAUUGCAAGUGUAGAGAGUGCAGAAUUUCUUAGAUGUCUGAAACCAGUGUGUUGUAUAAGGUUGGUUAAGGAUUUCACACUACUGUCUUUUCAGAAAUAUAGCAAAGUGGGCACCCAUGAAGCAGUCAUCCGGUAGUUUCUCUUUAGUUUAUGUAUGAUUAAACUGUUUGAAAAGAUUCACA